UAAUCAUAUAAGUUCACUUCCUGUCAACGACGUGUUAUAUUUCAACCAACUCUUCAUAAACUCAUUCACCCCAUCAUACUCGAGAGAAUAACCCAAGCCAUGGCAGCCUCGAAUGACAAUUUUCCUGUUGCUGGCCUCGCCCGUGACGGCUGGUCAACCGAGGAAGAGGCUACAGCAACUUGCUUCUGUGGAGCGGUCCAACUGGUUUUUCCGCUCCAAGCCCCGGGCCUCGUCAACCGGCACGUCUGCCACUGCAGCGACUGCCGCAAGAUCAGCAGCGGGCUGUACAUGUCCAACAUCGUGGUGCGGGACACGCACCUGCGGCACGCGCGGGGCCGCGAGCAGCUCCGGACUUUCGCGCAGUCGGCGACGGUGCGGUCCGGGGGGGUCAUGACCAACCACUUCUGCGGCGCGUGCGGCACGCUCAUGUACCGCGUCGGCGAGCGCUUCCCCGGACUGACCAUCCUGCGCACGGGGACCGUGGACGAUUUCGCGUUGGCGGAGACCAAGUUGCGGCCGCAGGUGGAGCAGUUUGUUGAGACGCGGGCCGGGUGGCAGAGGCCGAUUGUGGAUGUGCCGCAGGUGGUGGGGAUGCAUUCGCGUUCGGAUAUUAAGGGUGCGGUGCUGUGAGUGUUGGGGGGAGGUGGGGGGUGGGUAGAUGGAGGAUGAUGGAAGGACCGUGAUCAUCUGCGAACCGGGAGCAGAAUGGAGCAGGUGCUCGCGUUCUGGUCAGUGCCCUUGGACUCUAAGUGGGAAUCUUUAAAAUGAUCCUUUGGGACAAAUGAAUGCUCAUCGAAUUAUUAUUAACAGAUACCAAAUUUGCCAGUAUAAGAGGAUCUGAAGGAAGAAGAUAGAGAGACCGUAAUACCGGCUUCGCCUUGAGUUAUUUUGCCAUUGGUUGAAGUGUAGACCCUGUAUUCACAUUUGUUUAAAUAUUUUCAUAAACACAAAAUCUAAUCAAACCUGAAUCAAU